GUUUUUCUGUGGCCCGGCUGCCCUCGGGUGAAAUUCUUUCAGUUUCGAGCACGCAAUUAUCCAAAUGCCAUUGUUGUGUCUAAGUUGUUGUUGCUGGUGUGGUGAUAAAAAUUUUAAAUGAGCUUUUGCAGCCGGCAAAAAAAAAAAACUAUGCAAAUCGAUAGAAAGAAAAACUACACCAAAUAAAUAGUGCAAAAUAAACAAAAAGAAAUACAAACUCUUCUUCAAUAUAUACAUAUCGGUGUAUAUAGAGAUAUGGAUAUACCGAGCAGCGGCGCUAUAUUUACGCUGGGCAAGUCCCAUUUGGCGGAGAAUACACAAAGCUAUUUCUACAUCAAGAACGAUCCGGUCAAACGUUUGAUAUCCGGUCCGCAUCAGAGUGCGGUUAUAUGCGAAUCAGGACGUCUUUUUGUUUGGGGCGAGAAUCACUAUGGCCAACUCGGAAUUGGCGGCCACAGCAACAAAGCCAACAACAACAACAACAACAACAAUGGAGAUAUUGUUAGCAAACCAACUUGCGUUAAAUCGCUUAAAACUCUCGGAUUGAAGAUAAACGAUACCGCCUUUGGCAGCAAUUGGGCGGUGAUAAUGACACUCUCCAAUGAAGUGUUCUUUACGGGUCGCAACAUCUUUCCCAUGGACACGCAUGUGGCUCAGCACUUUAUCGAUGCCAUCGUUGAGGAGCAGCCUUGUGCAAUCAUACGCAAACCAUUUCGCCUCGAAGAGUUCGACGAUUAUCUAUCGAAGAACGAGGAGACGGACAACUUUAUAGCUAUCCAGGCGGGCAACGAACACUUUGUGGUGCUGACCACCAAAGGUCGCCUUAUUGGCUGUGGCUCGAAUGCACAACAGCAGCUAGGAGAUCUCGAGGCGGACUAUGAUGGACAUCCCGUGGAGAUUUGUCUGGAUGCUGCAGUGCAGCAAUUUGCCUGCGGCCCCGAAUCCACCUUAGUGUUAACAGCCACUGGGAAUCUAUUUCUAACCGGACGUCUCAACGAAUUCGUUUUUCCCAAAUUCACGGAGCUGCAAAAGAAUUUGGCGCAGCAGGAACGCAUCAUUUUUAUGCACAUCUCGAAGGCCAGCGAGAUCUUCAUCGUGACCAAUGUGGGCAGCAUUUAUCGCAGCUUCGAGUCGAUGCGCAACAAGAGUUUGGUCUUUCAGCGUUUCUACGAUUACGACAGCGAGGAAAAUGGUCCCAUUUGGAAGCUACUCAAAGGAUUUUCCUUCUACGCAGUGUUGAGUAAGGCGAAUAAAUUCUUUACCACCUUCUCGGAGAGUGGACACCAUCUGAAGACCUUUCGUGAGAUCUCCAAAUUCAAGAAUCUGCGACUACUCGACAUUGCUGUUGGAGAUCAGCACAUUUUGGUGCAGGGUUUGCCCCGAUCCUCGACGGUGUCGGCUUCAACGGGUGCAGCUGCUGCCGAGGCUCACAGCUACAUGAGUCGCAGCUUUGUGCUGCAGCCCAAGGAGCAGCUCAAUGGCAACGCGGAGCAGCGCAACACCAGCGGCAGAAGUUUGACCAAGCAAAAGGCGUUGGAAACUGAAUCGGAAAUGGAUACGGGACAAGGAGUAGGCGGUAGUGCAUUGGGCGCUAGUGUAGCAGCCAUGGCAACGGGAGUGGCCACUUUGGAGGUAGUGAAGCAUUUGAGCAAGGAGGAGGCGAAGGCAGAAACUGCGGACAUUGCGGAGCAGGCUGCGGAAAAGGCAAUUGAGAUCAAUGGCAACGUGGCAGAGGCGUCUAAAGAGGCAGAGAUCAAUGGCAAUGUGAUGGAUGAGGCAAAGGCAGAAGAGCAGCAUAUGGAAGCAGCCAAGGAAGAGCCGAAAGAAACAAGUGAGGAACAAAUAGGUACAGCAAAAGAUGAGCAAGUAGAGGCAUCAAAGGAGGAUCAGAUACAAGCAGUAAAGGAGGAGCAGGUGGAGACAGCGAAACCAGAGCAAGCAGCAUCCCAAGUAGAAGCAGUCACAAGCACAGAAAGUCCCCAAAAAGAAGAAGCGAAGGAAGCGGAUAAAGAGGACAACUUGGAGCAACAGCAGCCGGAGCCAACGGCGCCUUUGGAAAGUCCACUAAAAGAAGUCGCCACCAGCGUCGCAACAAUGGAAUCGAUAGCCAAGCUACCAACGCCGCCAGCCGAGUCGCCUUCUCCACAGAAAUCCAUUGCAUCCCUGAGCAAGGAACAGGUAUCAAUGCCUAACAGUAACAGCAGCAGCCAAGAGAAGGAGGAGCACAAGCUGCGCCCUCGUACACCGUAUCCCGACAGCAGCGAUGCAGCGAGCACGCCACAAACCAUCAAGAAGACGCCGCAACGCAACUUCUCCUAUGAGGCGGCGAUGGCGCACGAUGAGCUCGAGAAAACCUCGCCGGAAUUAGUCGAUAGCUUGGAUACAGUGGUGGAGCAACCUUUGGCCGAAAGUCUACAGCAUGCACACAUCAAGAUCUCUACGCCUACGCCACCCACCGAGGAGGAUGAGCAGCUGGCGGUGGAGAUAACAACCACCGAAGAUGCCGAGGACAGCAGCAAAGUGGUCAACGAAAUAAGAUUCAUCAACAAUGGCGUCGAUGUGACGGCAAAUGUUGCCGAGCAGAUGCCAGACACUCCGCUAGGUGACUCCCUGGAAGAACUGGAGGAAUCAGAGAGCGAGCAGCUGGUGGAGAAAAUGGACAAAGCCAACGAAAGCGUUGGCAGUGCCAUUGAAACCAAGCUACUGGAAACACGCGAUGCCAUGCGCAAAGCUGUAGGAGCUGCUGGUGAGCGUAUGACGACGGGAGCACGCGAUGCCGUCGCUGCAGCCAGCAAUGGAGCUCGCGAUGCCGUCGCUGCAGCCAGCAAUGGAGCACAGCGAAUGGCGGAUGGCGCCAGAGAUGCAGUUGAUGCGGCUGGCAAAAGAGCGCAGCUUAUGGCCAGCGAUGCUCGGCAAUCCAUGGAGCAGGCGGGCAGCAAUGCAGCUAAGGCGGCUGCCAACACCAAGGAAUCCAUGGGCCGCGCCAUGGACUCGAUGACCAAUAAGAUAUCGCAUGAAGUUCAAGGCGCCAAGGAGAACAUUUCAUCGUUGUUUCAAAUAAAGGCAGCCAAGGAGAUGCAUACGCCCACCACGACGCCUAAUGAGGAGCCGAGACCCAGCAGCAGCUCCGUGGAGGAGGAGGAUGAACGCACGACGGCUUCAGUGAACUCCAAUCACCAUUCCGCCAGCAAUAAUGGCAACAAUGGUAUUAACGAAUUCGAGACCCAGGCUGAGGAUCAAUUCGAUGCGGUCGUGGAGCGUGGCAAGAAGGCCAUGCAGGAGGAGCUGCGUGCCUUGGAGGAGCAACGUUCCAAUUCCCAUAUCAAUCUCAGCAACAGCAAGAAAUCCGAGGAACGUCGACAGAGCAGGGACAGCAAGGGAUUCGUGCAGCAGUUCUUGGAUGGCAUGCGACUCUCAUGUCGCAACGAGAAGGCCGUGCAAAUUGAAGAUGAAGCGCCGUCGCAGUCGCAGUCGACGUCACAGCCGCCGCCACACUACAGCAGCAACAACAAAGUCAACAGCGAGCUAAGCCUGCAGAAUGGCCAAAAUGCUGGUACUGCUGCUAACGCACAGCAGUCGUCGCGCGUCUGCACUAUUUUAUAA